AUGAAACUAUACAGUUCGUCCUCGACAAAGCAUAUAACUGAAAUAUUAAUUGAUCCAGCUCUAGAAGACGAUUCAAUAUGGAGCAAGGAGGCUUCAGAUAACUUUUACUAUGACAGUUUUUCUAAUGUGAAACCCGUUGUAACCCAAGCCAAGGAGCUGCGAUUAUGCCGCGACGAUUUCGAGCUCUUGAAGGUGAUCGGAAAAGGAGCCUUUGGUGAAGUGGCCGUUGUAAGAAUGCGAGGUGUUGGAGAGAUCUACGCCAUGAAGAUUCUAAACAAAUGGGAGAUGCUCAAGCGGGCAGAAACGGCAUGUUUUCGCGAGGAAAGGGAUGUGCUUGUGUAUGGCGAUCGUCGUUGGAUAACCAGCCUGCACUUUGCGUUUCAAGACGAGAAAAAUCUAUAUUUCGUCAUGGACUACUACGUUGGCGGAGAUAUGCUAACACUUUUGUCGAAAUUCGAAGAUCGCAUUCCUGAGACCAUGGCACGGUUUUACAUUGCCGAAAUGGUGCUAGCGAUUGAUUCCAUACACAAUUUGGGUUAUGUCCACCGGUAUGAAAUGCUUUAUGGUAAUACUCCUUUUUACUCCGAGCGACUGAUCGACACGUAUGGGAAGAUUAUGAGUCAUCAGGAUAUGCUCGACUUUCCAGAUGAGGAUGUUGAUUGGACAAUUUCAGAAGAAGCAAAGGAUCUAAUACGACGGUUGAUUUGUCCAAGAGAGGUCCGAUUGGGUAAGGGUGGUUUUGCUGAUUUUCGUGACCAUCCAUUUUUCGCCGGUGUGGACUGGGCGACUAUACGAGACUCCGAUCCACCAUACCACCCAGAAGUUUCAAGUCCAACGGACACGUCCAACUUUGAUGUGGACAUUUGUGAAGACGACUUUACGCCUUGCGAAACUCAACCACCUCGGGUUACUGCCGCGUUUACGGGUCAUCAUCUUCCUUUUAUUGGCUUUACCUAUACACACGGAAGUUUACUGUCUGAUGCGAAAUCGCUGGGUGAGUGCUUGUCACGCGACAACUCGGGCGUAGGCGAAUCGCAGACGGCUGGAGCUGAAUCCUACGAGAAGCGAUUAAGAGAGCUGGAAGUUGAGAAGCAUGAACUGGCAAGGAAGUGUCAGGAAGCCAAUCAGCUUGUGCAAUCUUUUGCCGGAGAGUCCAGAUCAGAUGAGGAGAAGAACUAUGAACAGACAAUAGCUCAGCUCCGAGACGAGAUUCAGGCAAGAUCUGUUAUACUAAAGACCCGACUCGCUGAUGAAGCGGCGUCGAAAGAACGUGCUGCUACUGCGAAAGAACCUGACGUUGAAGAUUUGGAGAAGAAAGUUCGCGAGUUGAAAGAAAAGAAUCGGCAGCUGAUUUUAGAGAAGACAGAGCUGCAGAGGGAGCUUGAAGAGGGUGCAGAGAAGUUGACGAUACAAACAAAAGAAUGGAAAGAAGCCAUCAAACAUCGUGAAUCAGCAAAGGCCGACUUCGAAGAGGUGGUCUUAAUAAUGAGCUCUUUGGAUGAGCGCAGUAAAGCUCGCCGUCUGGAGAAAGAAGCCGCUGAAGCUGAAACCCGAAUGGCUCAACUGCAGUCCAGGGUGGACACCUUAAAAUCGGAUCUUCGAAAAGCAGAAAGUGCCCGGCAAAACCUGGAUAUGGAGCUAGAGAAAGUUAAACAGGCUGCGGAGUCUGAACGAUUGCUCAAGGAAGGCUUACAGGCUAAGCUGGCAGCAUUUGGUGAUGAAACUCCUGGUGAGGAAGCGAAACGUUUGGGCGAAGAAUUGGUGCGAUUGAAUGAGCGUCAUACGGAAAUUGUUGCACAAGAGGACAAAAAGAGAAAGCAACUAGUUGAGCAUUAUCAA